AGUCCCGUCGCCACCAUGCCGGGUCACGUCGUCAAGAGCACCGGGCCCGACCCAGAUCCCUCCGAAUUUCUCUUUGUUUCGACGGAACAGAGGAUGUUGGACCAGACCAAGCCGUACGACCCGAAGAAAUCCUGCUGGGUCCCUGACGAUAAGGAGGGCUUCCUCGAAGGCAUGAUCCAGGCCACAAAAAGCGAUACGGUGCUGUCCAUUCAGCUGAAGAGCGGAGAGGUGAAGGAUUAUAAGAAGGAUGUUGUGAGCCAAGUCAACCCUCCGAAGUACGAGAAAUGCGAGGACAUGUCCAAUUUGACCUUCCUUAAUGACGCGUCUGUCCUCUACAAUCUCAAGCCCCGUUACCAGGCCAGGCUCAUCUACACCUACUCUGGCCUCUUCUGCAUCGCCGUCAACCCCUACAAGCGCUUCCCCAUCUACACCAACCGCACCGUCAAGAUCUACCAGGGCAAGAGGCGUAAUGAGUGCCUCCCCAUCUCUUCGCCAUUUCCGACGGCGCCUACAUGGACAUGUUGCAGACUGUUAAUUUGUGUCAGGUACAAAAAGGAUUAUCCUAGAAAUUCUAUUACUUUUUCAGCUUCGGUAAACCAGUCAAUGCUGAUUACGUAA